AUGGGAGAUCCGGCUAACGCUGAAACAUGGAUACGUGCCAUAGAGCGCAUAUUUAAAUUCCUAAGGUGCACCAAUCAGGAACGUCUAUCUUGCGUGAUCUACCAGCUCACUGAGUCCGCAGAAUAUUGGUGGGAGACCAAGCAGCGAACGAUGUCGCGUGAACAACUGGACGCCCUAACUUGGGAAAACUUCAAAGAGGAAUUAUAUGAUAUGUAUAUUCCGAGGAGUUACCGUAAAGCUAAAGAGGCUGAAUUCUACAAUCUGAAGCAAGGGCGGAUGACAGUGACUGAAUAUGACCGUGCCCUAUGCGAUAUGUCUCGUUAUGCGCCAGAACAAGUGAAUACUGAUGAGAAAAUGGCGGAGAAAUUUUGUGAUGGUUUGAGACACGAAAUAAGAAUGGCCUUGGCAUGCCGUGGAAGACUCUCGUAUGCCGAAUAA